UUUGCAUUGUGUGUUAGCAUUAAGCUAGCAUUUUGUUUGAAUAUCCAAUGUGUAAUUUUCGUUGUAUGAUGUUCAAACAGCUUGAGGCAAGAACUUGGCUUCUUUUUUUUUUUUUUUUUUUUUUUUUUGUUUUGAAAAAUUGUUCACUAUUUGCUGUUGGUUGUGAAGUUCGCCGCCGCCAUUUAGCGCUCUCAAAUGUUUGCUAGCAACUCUAGACAUGCAAAUCAACUGAGCGACGGCUCAAAUCUGGAAAAGUCGUCUCACUCGUUAUUUUAGGCGAUACUGGAAAUGUAAAGUACCGGGCAAUUACUUGAAGAAGGCUUUUGUGUGCGCUGGUUGCCUAACGAUCAGCUAAUAUGAGUUUGCUUUUUUUUUUUUUUUUUUUUUCUUUGUUCUGGGAAUAACCUUGGAUGAGUACAAUGGCGGUUAGCUGGACCGCCACCUUUGUUGAAUCUGGGUACUGCACGUCCAUGUUUGAAAUGACAGAAAACAGGAAGCCCUCGAUGGAAGGGGAGCGCGACGAGCAGGAUGGAUCCUCUUACCUCCAGACUAGGUUGCCACGUCGCCUCCUCCUCCUCCUCCUCCUCCUCUUCUUCCCCCACCUCCAUCUCCUUGCAAAGAAGAUGAUUCUCAGCCUGACUGUCGCCGCCUUUUUUGACAGCCUAGCAUAUGUCAUGGGUGAAUCCCACCCCGAGGGAUCUCUCUGUAACUUCCAGGCCUGGUGGCUAACAUACUUUGACUGGAGUGCCUUGGCCUGGGUUUGCCUCAUCACGCUCAACCUGUACUUUAACCUGGUCAGGGAGAUGAGCACGACUUCAUAUGAAAUGUUCUACCAUCUCAUUGCAUGGGGGGUUCCUCUGGUCAUGUCAUCCUUGCCGCUGCUCAAAGGUUACUACGGCCCAGCAGGAGCCUGGUGCUGGAUCACAGACGAUCACGUAGCCUGGAGAUUUGGGAUAUGGUACGUGCCUCUCUUCACACUCAUCCUGCUGAUGAUCUGCUGCUACGCCAGGAUCAUCUGUGUGGCCAAUCACCGGAUGCAGUCGUGGCUGGGAACGUUCAACCCGGAGCGGGAGAGGCGAAAGGUUUCCCUGGCUGAGGAGAUCAAGCCACUAAAAUGGUAUCCAUCUGUUUACCUGCUGGUGUCUACCUUCCCACUCAUCAACAGGCUCCAUAAUGCCCUGUACCCACUGGAGCCAUCGUUCUCCCUCACGCUGUUGCACGUGUUUUCUGCUCCGCUGCACGGCUUGGCCAACGCUUUCGUCUUCGGUCUGGAUCGGAAUUGGUGGAGUCUACUGAGCCCCACCAGCAUGCAGCUCGCUCUGCAGUCGCGGCUGUGUGACAAGACGCGGAUCGGCGAGUACCACGCCGGGGCGGUGCGUUAUACCCAAGCCGACUUGGCUGACCUGAGCGAUGACGAGGACGACGGGGAUGCCAACACGCUCUUCUACGCGCCAAACAUGACCCUGAAAGACUGGGGGCCCUGAGGGAGACAAAGGCGACGAGGAUCGGCGGCAGGAGGAAGAGGAGGAGGAGGAGGAGGGCGGCUUCCUGACAAAGAGAAAUGCGGUGGAUUAGAAAGCGAGAGGGAGGCAAAGGAGGUAGGCAGAGAGUGGAAGGCAAGAUUGGGGGGAAAGUCAGGCAGAUAGAAGCCGGAGAUGAGCUGUCAGAUUCCAUUAUUAAUCCCCAUCCUUUACUAUUUAAUAUCCUAAAGACGCGCACACACAUACUGAGCAGGGCCGCCUGCAAUACCACAACCUCGGGACCCGAAAAAAAAAAAAAAAACCCUCCUUGCGGUGUUAAAAAGGCUUCUGCCGCAUCCCCGAGGUCUUAAAACAUUCCUCCUCACUACCCCCCAGGUUUCCCUCAAGCCGCACUUUUGGCACACCACCAAGAUGGAGGAGCGAGAGGAAAAAAAAAACAAUAAAAGGCAAUCAUAACAAGGGGCAAUUACCUUCUCACCUCUCUGCAGGAGAAGAGGUGGAAAAGCAGGCUUUUUAAAACGUUGACGCGUGCCGCUCUGGCGCGCGCACGCAUUCCGGAGGGCGACGACUUCCUCGCUUAUUUAUACAUGAGCCUGGCGCACAGCAGGAAAUAAGCAUUUACGUCUCCUGCCUUGGACAGUAUUUAUUUCUGCUUUUUUCCCCCCCCCACCUUCCAAAAACGCUCAAAAAAUAAACCUCGGAAUGCUCUGACCUCUGCCUUAGUGUGAAUAAACAGCACCUUUGCUGGUUUCCGUCAAGUAGCGCAUUCAAUUUUCUCAAGCAGGGUACACGGGUGACUGAUUUUGAACAUUCUUCGUCUUUGCUAUUUUGUGUGCGCUUUCUCCACAUUUUCUUCUGUCUUCCUUUCACCCACAUCUUUCACUUUCAGAUCUAAUUUAGUAGGUUCCUCGCACUGAUUUCGUAACAUCUUAUUUUUCAUCACGUUAACAGACCCCACAAAAGGGGUAGAAAAGAAAUCGUCCAGUUUGUCGCAGUACCUAGACUGACCUGGAGAGGCAGCAUGUUGCCACGGCGCAUUCACACCGAGGGGGGAAAAAAAAAAUACAAAGAAGAAAAACAACAAAUCGUAUUCGAAGAAGUAAUAGGCUCACCGUUUAAUCAACUGUAAACGUGGUUGAAUGAUUUGAAGAUCAUGGAUUCCAUGCAAAUAUUUUUUAACACUUACGAUUGUCGGCCUCGACUGUUUUCCGAGCAGAUUGUGAAGAAAAAAAAUCCUCACUCCUUGACACACCCCAAUGUGGCCUUUGGUAAAUUUGAGCGCAAAAAGGAGGGAAAUGUUCAAAUCAGUGUGUGUGUGUGUGUGUGUGUGUGUGUGUGUGUGUGUGUGUGUGUGUGUAUACCCAUUACUUUAUCACCGGACCUGACCAAUGGCCGACGUUUCUCCGAAGCUUAUAAUGUCGGAGAACCCAGGCAUUGACACAGUACGUUGACAUCAGCAAAAUUCAAAGGUUAAUGGCUAAUUUGGCCUCCAUUCAGAGUCUGCUCGGCGAAAUUUCGACCUUUAUCGACGAUGA